GCUCUGAUUGACAAUAAUGGCGACGCGUUUGUCUUGAGUUUCUGCUACAACGAACCACCUUAAAAUACUUCAUCAGAGACGGAAUUUCACAAAUCUGUUAUACUGGUGCAAACAUGAGAAAGAUCCGUUCGCAAAAAGGAAACUAGACAGGUAAUUGUUCUCGAUGAGCGGGUGGAAUGAAGUUCUGUUGCUGAAAUUUUGUGGGAAGCAAUACAAAGAUCUCCCAUUUCGUGCUGGUUAACUAGCUUGCUGGCUAGCUAACGUUAGGUAGCAUACAAAAAGUGGAUUUUCCUGAGAAGGUAAAAGAACGAAGACGAGGGAUUCAGCUAGUUUUUGUAAUAUAUCGUUGAACUGCGACAGAAAUACCGGCGCGAGAAGAACUUUGGAUAAUAAAACGCUUGACAACCAAGCAUACUUUGUUUUGAAAGCUUCAGUCAGUAGCACCCCCAUUUUGAGUCAGGCCCCCCUGUUUUAAAGGGAUAUCGUUACUUCUUGGAAAGGAGAAUAACUAGGAAUCAAGCUAGCUAUGUGUAGCUAGGUGCUUUUACAUCGCGUACCGCUAAGUUAAAACAAUUUUACCUAGCAUUCAGUUAUUCUGCUUCCUGGUGAAGAUCACACAUGACUGCUGGCUAUCAAUCGCACCUUACCGUUAGCGUUAAUGAGUAAAGUUUUGGAACUUAGAGGUGCUGUUUUUUUGUUAACCGCCAGCUGAGUGAACAUUAGCGAGAUAGUGAAACCAAAAUAGCUAGCUAGUUAAUAUUACUAACUACAUAUAGCACAUCUUUCCAUUUCAAAACCAUUCAGCUACAUUGAUGUUGAAUUGCCAUUUGUUGUCUAACGUUAGAUAGCUAGGCUAACUAGCUAGUAACGCUGUCGUUUUACUAACUUAUUGUGCAGUUAGCUAACGUUACUAUAAACUAACGUUAGUCUAAGCUGUUCAGUUGGCUAGUGUGUAGGCUAUUCGGCAAACGAGCCUGACAUUCGGAUGCAUUGCGUUUAUUUUCACUAGUAACGUUGGCUAGCAAGAUGCUGGGAAAUUGUUGAAUUUCCAGUCGUGGAAGACCCCCAAUACGGAAAAAAGCAGUUAAGUGUGGGUAACGUUAACGUAACAAGUUAGCUAGCUAACGUGGCGAGUUCAGCGAAGGUUGUCAAGUUAACAUAGCUAGCUAGCUCUAGCCCUUUAGCUAACGCCAGGUAUAUGGAUUUUUAACUUCACGAUUAGACAUUAAUUUGCAGCCACCAAGCGCGUGUUAGUUAGCCAGGAAACUAGAUGCUCAGGGUUAUAAAUCACCCAGUCCUACAUAACGUUAAGUAAAAACUGGCAAUAACGCUCUCUCGAGGUAUCAGCUCGUAAAUGACCACCGGCAGGAAUAACCGUGUCAUGAUGGAAGGCGUUGGUGCUAGAGUGAUCCGAGGACCGGACUGGAAGUGGGGGAAACAGGAUGGUGGUGAGGGACACGUCGGGACAGUGCGGAGUUUCGAAAGUCCAGAGGAAGUGGUGGUGGUCUGGGACAACGGGACUGCAGCCAACUACCGCUGCUCCGGGGCUUACGACGUACGGAUAUUCGACAGUGCGCCUACAGGUAUCAAGCACGAUGGGACCAUGUGUGACACCUGCCGCCAGCAGCCCAUCAUCGGCAUCCGCUGGAAGUGCGCCGAGUGCACCAACUACGACCUCUGCACCACCUGUUACCACGGCGACAAGCACCACCUGCGCCACCGCUUCUACCGGAUCACCACCCCCGGCAGCGAGAGAGUCCUGCUGGAAUCCCGGCGCAAAUCGAAGAAGAUCACGGCGCGGGGCAUAUUCACAGGCGGCCGUGUGGUGCGGGGCGUGGACUGGCAGUGGGAGGACCAGGACGGCGGCAACGGCAGGAGGGGCAAGGUGACGGAGAUCCAGGACUGGAGUGCGGCCAGCCCGCACAGUGCGGCCUACGUUCUGUGGGACAAUGGAGCCAAAAACCUCUACAGAGUGGGCUUCGAGGGAAUGUCCGACCUGAAAUGUGUCCAAGAUGCCAAGGGCGGCUCCUUUUAUCGAGACCACUGCCCUGUGCUGGGCGAACAGAACGGGAACCGCAACCCUGGCGGGUUACAGAUCGGCGACCUGGUCAACAUCGACCUGGACCUGGAGAUCGUGCAGUCGCUGCAGCACGGUCACGGGGGCUGGACGGACGGCAUGUUCGAGACGCUCACCACCACCGGGAACGUGUGCGGCAUCGACGAGGACCACGACAUCGUGGUGCAGUACCCCAGCGGGAACAGAUGGACCUUUAACCCGGCGGUGCUGACUAAGGCCAACGUGGUGCGCAGUGGAGAGGCGGCGGCCGGAGCAGAAGGGGGCACCUCCCAGUUCAUGGUGGGGGACCUGGUGCAGAUCUGCUACGACAUCGACCGCAUCAAGCUCCUGCAGAGAGGCCACGGAGAGUGGGCCGAAGCCAUGCUCCCGACCCUGGGGAAGGUGGGCAGGGUGCAGCAGAUCUACUCAGACAGCGACCUGAAGGUGGAGGUGUGCGGCACGUCCUGGACCUACAAUCCCGCCGCCGUCACUAAGGUGGCCCCCGCAGGGUCCGCCGUCACCAACGCCUCCGGAGGUACAGGUACACACACAAAGCGCCUGUCCCAGCUCCUGAAGAAGCUCUUCGAGACGCAGGAGUCUGGAGACAUCAACGAGGAGUUGGUGAAAGCGGCGGCCAACGGGGACCUGGCCAAGGUGGAGGACAUCCUGAAGAGGCCGGACGUGGACGUGAACGGGCAGUGUGCCGGACACACGGCCAUGCAGGCGGCCAGCCAGAACGGCCACGUCGACGUCCUCAAGCUGCUGCUCAAACACAACGUGGACCUGGAGGCUGAGGACAAGGACGGGGACAGGGCGGUGCACCACGCUGCUUUUGGGGAUGAGGGCUCGGUGAUCGAGGUGCUUCAGCGGGGCGGUGCCGACCUCAACGCCCGAAACAAGCGCCGGCAGACUCCGCUUCACAUUGCCGUCAACAAGGGCCACCUGCAGGUGGUCAAGACCCUGCUGGACUUCGGCUGCCAUCCCAGCCUGCAGGACUCGGAGGGAGACACCCCCCUUCACGAUGCCAUCAGUAAGAAGAGGGACGACAUGCUGUCUGUGCUGUUGGAAGCGGGAGCUGAUGUCACCAUCACCAAUAACAACGGCUUCAACGCCCUGCACCACGCCGCUCUGCGCGGGAAUCCCAGCGCCAUGCGGGUCCUGCUGUCCAAACUGCCGCGCCCCUGGAUAGUAGACGAGAAGAAGGACGACGGCUACACGGCGCUGCACCUGGCUGCCCUCAACAACCACGUGGAGGUGGCCGAGCUGCUGGUGCACCAGGGGAGUGCCAGCCUGGACAUUCAGAACGUGAAUCAGCAGACCGCGCUGCACCUGGCGGUGGAACGCCAGCACACGCAGAUCGUACGGCUGCUGGUGCGGGCGGAGGCCAAGCUGGACGUUCAGGACAAGGACGGGGACACGCCCCUGCACGAGGCGCUCCGCCACCACACCCUGUCCCAGCUGAGACAGCUGCAGGACAUGCAGGACGUCAGCAAGGUGGAGCCCUGGGAGCCCUCCAAAAACACGCUGAUAAUGGGCCUGGGCACCCAGGGGGCUGAGAAAAAGAGUGCGGCCUCCAUCGCCUGCUUCCUGGCGGCCAAUGGUGCGGACCUGACCAUCCGCAACAAGAAGGGCCAGUCCCCCCUGGACCUCUGCCCCGACCCCAGCCUCUGCAAGGCGCUGGCCAAGUGCCACAAGGAGAAGACCAGUGGGCAGGUGGGCUCCCGCAGCCCCUCUCUCAGCAGUAACAAUGAGACCCUGGAGGAGUGCAUGGUGUGCUCUGACAUGAAGAGGGACACCCUUUUCGGGCCCUGCGGCCACAUCGCCACCUGCUCCCUCUGCUCGCCCCGCGUCAAGAAGUGUCUCAUCUGCAAAGAGCAGGUCCAGUCCAGAACCAAGGUACCGGCCCGAAACCAGCGGCCGGUCAGUCUGUGGCUGCUUUCGUUUAAGGGCUGUAAUCCGAGAGACGACGGAGCGUCUCUAUCAGAAUGGUUUUCUGAGAAUAUUGAGGAGUGUGUUGUGUGCUCGGACAAGAAAGCAGCUGUGCUCUUCCAGCCCUGUGGUCACAUGUGCGCCUGUGAAAACUGCGCCAGCCUGAUGAAGAAGUGUGUGCAGUGCCGUGCGGUGGUGGAGCGCCGCACCCCCUUCGCGCACUGCUGCGGGGGCAAAGGUAUGGAGGACGACACGGCCGACCAGCACCUGAGGAGCUCAAACUCUGUGGCAGGGGGGUCGCAAGAGCUUCUCCAGCCCAACAAUCUGGCGCUGAGUUGGUCCAGCGGAAACAUUCCCGCCCUGCAGAGGGACAAGGACAACACCAACGUCAACGCUGACGUGCAGAAGCUGCAGCAGCAGCUGCAGGAUAUCAAAGAGCAGACCAUGUGCCCGGUGUGUCUGGACCGGCUGAAGAACAUGAUCUUCAUGUGUGGCCACGGCACCUGCCAGCUGUGCGGGGACCGCAUGAGCGAGUGUCCCAUCUGCCGCAAGGCCAUCGAACGCCGCAUCCUGCUCUACUAGAGCCUCCCCUCCCCUGUGCCCUCCCCUGUGCCAGCCAUGUCUCCUCUCCUCUCCUCUCCCCUGUGCCAGCCAUGUCUUCUCCUCUCCUCCCCCGUCUCUCCCCUGUGCCAGCCAUGUCUCCUCUCCUCUCCUCUCCCCUGUGCCAGCCAUGUCUCCUCCCCUCUCCUCUCCCCUGUGCCAGCCAUGUCUCCUCUCCUCUCCUCCCCCGUCUCUCCCCUGUGCCAGCCAUGUCUCCUCCCCUCUCCUCUCCCCUGUGCCAGCCAUGUCUCCUCUCCUCUCCUCUCCCCUGUGCCAGCCAUGUCUCCUCUCCUCUCCUCUCUUCUCCUCUCCCCUGUGCCAGGCAUGUCUUCUCUCGCGCUGGAAAACAGACUUUACGCUAUCUCCCCCACCCCCACGCCCGCCAAAUAAAACCUCCUCGUCAUGUCCUCGUUGGGGCCUGAAAGCUGCAUUGAGUAUCCAUGGACGCCUCCGGCUGUUCUCUCGCCCGUGUCACCAGUACGCCUUUCGGUCCCGUGGGCUCGCCUGCCUCCCUGCUGCCGUUCGGCUGGGGGGCCUUCUUCCCGCCUGUCUUGCCCCGUAUUCAGAAGGGCUGCUUUUAUUGGUCUAGAUCCAGCGGUGGGCCCCGCCUACUCUUUCAGAACCCCUAGCACCAGGCACCCCUGUCAAACCUCGAGUCGCAGUAUUGUGUACAGCAGGGGGAGCCGUCGAGCUGGAGAGUUUACACUACGCCCCUCCCCCCGACCGUUGAGCAGAAGUCUCUAGCCCCCGCCGCAGACUUCUGUGCGGAAGGCUUACUGUCUCAAAGCCUUAAUUUUCUUUCAUUUUAUUGUAUUUUAUUGCUUCGAAUGCAGACUUAUUUAAUUAGUGUUAACCGUCAUUGGCAUCCAACCAGCUAUCGCUGUGGAUAUACGGUCUAUCGUAUAUAUAACGCUAAUAUUUAACUCGGUUACAUGGACACGGUACAGUUUGUAGCAGUUUACUGCUGUGAUGGGCUUUACGAUGUUGAGAGGUCAGAUCUUCGGCCUACACAAGCCUGCCUGUGACUCCAAAAUGGAGCAUGGGCAUCUUAAAUUUUCUCCCUUUGUUCAUUAAUUUGUCUCGAUUUACUCACUGCCUCUUAUUAUGCGAAUAUUAUGUUUAACUUUGUUGUGAAUUUUGCUUUACUGCCUGUUUGUUUUCUUUAUUUAAUAUUUCUAAUUAUAUUUGCCCCCUCUUGCGAAGAGAACGAAUCAGAUCUAAUCAAUUUGAAGUAGGAAGGCCACUUUAAGGCGCCCGCUUCUGAGCCCAAGGUUGCCAGGUUGCUCCCCCGACAACCGCCCCCCUCCCCCCCUUCCCUCGGCAUCUCCUCCAGUCAACAACACACACUAGCCCUUUGUACCGUAUCUGUCCGUUGGUAACAACGCAGGCCACGAGGCGUCUUUAACCCGCCCCACACCUGCUCGUUUGUAUCUCUGGGCUAGCUGCUCUGAUUCUCCCCUACCCUCUCACCUGGCCUGAUCGAUCCUACCAAAGCGCAGUUGUGCCAAGCACCAGAAAUCCACCUCCCACUGAUACUGUGCCGACACUGCCCCGAAUAUCCUACGCGGUAACCUCACUCCUGUCGGACCCUCAGCGGACCCAAAACGACAGGACAGAAUGCGUACAUAGCUACUAGUUAAACUGGAAUAGUCCCUUGGGCAAUGUACAGUAUAAUGGGGGUGACUCCACACCACAAAUAGCGUUCGUAUUACCGAGUACGUCAAGGUACUGCUUGCAGUCCGUUGCUGUUAAAGGGAUGAAAUAAUGGUAUUGUCUUGUACUACAGUAUAAAGCUAUAUGUGCUUGGCUGUUCCGUGCUUCUGCCCAAUAUUCACAUUUAGACGCUUGCAGGGAUGAGGUGCCAUCUUGAUUUUUGUCGACUGAAAAUGUUUUUCCUCUCUAUAUAUAGAUUGAAUUAAACUACAAUGUUAUGUAAAGCCAACACAGAUAAAUAUUUUAUUUACUCGUAGUAGAGGACAAAUUACUUUAUUUUGUAUUGUUGCUCAAUAUAGGUGUCACUGCUUUCCCAAAGCUAAACGUGGCUGUUUUGCUGCUCUUUUAUGGAACUCUCUGUUUAAACAUUAAUGUUGACAAACUGGGUCAUUCAAAUGGACCACCUGUAAAUGCUAACAACACAUGCUUUGUCCCAAAGGCCUGGGGAAUUUUUCAUUUCACCUGGCCGUGUGGAAUUGUAGGUCACAUGAUCAUGAUUGGAAAAAAUAAAAAAAAUAAAAAGCAAUCAUAUCCAGUCUGUUGUCUGAAAGGUGUAGUCAGGUUCUCCAUAAAAUAAAAAAGGUUUAGAGAACAAUCUGACAUCAGAGAUGGUUUUUUUUUUUGUUAUAUACAAAGUAACUUCAUACUUUGACAGCAAAGUUGAUUUAAUUUUCUAUCCAUUUUAUAUGUUCAUGUUAAAAUGUAAUGCUAGAAUGCACUAAUGUACCUUCAUGGUAGUGUUGGUAGUAUUGUAUUGUAUUCUUUUGUUACAAUUAUUGCAAAGGCCAAUUAAAGAAAAUAUGCUAUCCUGUUUAGUUUCCACCUUUGUAAUCGGAAUGGUUCUGCUGCAGCCUGUAUUUUUAUUAAUGGCUUGUAACAUCAAACGCGGCCUGCUCUGUAUCUUUUAAAAGAAAUGUACUGUUAAAAUAAAGGUCCUAUGACACUA